CAGAUACGAACAUUGAACAUGGAUAAUAUGACAUGCAAGACAAAUUAGCGAAGCAAUGCUCUUCCAAUCAAUACCAUCGGCUGCAGCUACGUCCUGGUACAUACCCGGCGUCCAAAUGCCAAACCUCAUCGUGACGUCGAGAACGAUCAUUCUUUGACAGUCGCCCUUGGUGUCACUUAUGCUACGCGAGGCAUGGAUGACUUCAGACAGCAUCAACAGCCUGAAUAAUAUGGCCACGGCUAAGUAACGUUUCUCUCUCGCCUCUCCUUCUUUCACGCAACUCUGCUGAAUAGCGAAAAUGGCUCUCUCACAAGCAGCAUACAAAGCGGAACAAGCACUUGGCCAUGGCGAUAAUGCCACCACAGCCCAAGAUGUCACGAACCCGGCUCUCGACAAGGAACGGUACGCAGACACUGGCGUGACCAUGAAAGCGCUUGCCUGGAUGGGUAAGAACAAAGUCGAAAUCGUGGAUGCACCGAAGCCAAAGAUCAUUGAAGCAAGAGAUGUCAUACUGAAGAUUACUGGAAGCACGGUGUGCGGAUCCGAUCUCCAUCUGCUUCACGGCAGUGUUGUCGAGCUUCAAAAGGGAGACAUUUUGGGGCACGAGUUCUGUGGGAUUGUGGAUGAGAUGGGAUCGGCUGUGAAGGGACUGAAGAAGGGUGAUCGUGUGGUGGCCUCCUUCCAAAUUGCCUGCGGAGACUGCUUCUAUUGCCAGAAGAAGUGGUCGUCACAAUGCGAAAAGACGAAUGAGAAUACACUCGAGAAUGCUAUGUAUGGCGGAAGGACUGCUGGUAUGUUUGGCUACAGCCAUUUCACUGGGGGCUUUGCUGGUGGUCAGGCCGAAUACACGAGAGUGCCGUAUGGAGACGUCAAUUUGCUCAAGCUGCCCGACGAUGUGCCCGACGAGAAAGGGCUCUAUCUUUCAGAUGUGCUCGCGACGAGCUGGAACUGUGUGGUGGAUACUGGUGUCAAAGAGGGUGAUGUCGUUGCUAUUUGGGGUGCUGGACCUAUCGGCCAAAUGGCAGCAGACUUUGCUUUCCUCCAUGGUGCUAGCCGAGUGAUUGUCAUCGACUGCAACUGGCGACUGGAGUACGUGAAGCAGAAAUAUCCAAGAGUGGAGACUGUCGAUUUCACGCAGCUUUCGGGCACAAAGGCUGUCGUUACGAAGCUCAAAGAGAUGGCUGAUGGUCGAGGACCAGAUGUCGCGCUUGAGUGUGCUGCUGGCGAGUACCCGAAAGGCUGGUUCCACACGAUCCAGAUUGCGGCCGGUCUCGAGACUGACACGAGUGAGAUGUUGAACGAGAUGAUCGAGAGCGUGCGAAACUUCGGUCGUGUUGGCAUCACUGGCGUGUAUGUCGGCUACACCAACAACUUCAACAUCGGCUCUCUGAUGGAACGUGGCAUCCGGCUUAUUGGCAAUGGCCAAGCGCCAGUCCAUCUGUACUGGGAAGACCUACUCAAGCGCAUUCAAAAGGGCGAGAUCGAUCCCUUGAAGAUGGUCACACAUCGCGUGCGGAUGGAGGAUCUUGACCAGGUUUACUACAAGUUUGAGAAGAAGGAAGAUGGAAUGCAAAAGGUCUUUGUCGAGACGAGGUUUUCGCAAGCAGCUUGCGAAGGCAGCCCGGCUCUUACGAAGUACUAGUCUCGACCUAUGCAGUCUGUCUGAUACCAAUAUUCGAAUAUAAAUUGCUAGUCAGUG